AUGUUGUUUGCUGUCCCUCCCUGCCCAGUCACAGACGUAUGCGACCCAACAACCUGCCUGAAUGGUGGCAGAUGCAGCGAGACGUCGGAAGGCGGCGCUGAGACUACCAUACGUCGUCACCGAUUGCCGUGUAUCUGUCCCGUUGGUUUCUAUGGCUCCCAUUGUCAUCUACGAGUGCCGAUUCGCGGUUGUCGACGCAGGCAUGCAGGCAGUGGUGUUGGCAUUGGCAAUGAGAUGGCGCCGUCUGGAGACGCGAAUUCUGGCGCCGCGUCUGUAGCUGGGUCAGGCGAAGCAGGAAGGGGCACUUCGGGAGAGUGCUUCUGUCUUCCUGGCUGGAGUGGACCUAAUUGUGAGCAGAGUAAGUCAUGUACACAGAAGUUUUGCUUUUUAUAA